UGGUGUGUCUUGAUAUUUGGGCUACGAAUCGAAUCGAGUUGAUAACUGAUACGAACCCUUUCAUUUCAUUUCCAAAUCAGAGUGAGUAAAUUACACUCCGAAUCUCCAAUCCCAAUCCCAACAGCAGGGUGAAAGUGAUGAAAGUCCCCGAGCAGACGAUGCAGUACAGGAACCUGGGCAGAUCCGGCCUCAAAGUUUCCCAGCUCUCCUUCGGCGCCUGGGUCACCUUCGGCAACCAGCUCGACGUCAAGGAGGCCAAAUCCCUCCUCCAGUGCUGCCGCGACCACGGCGUCAAUUUCUUCGAUAAUGCCGAAGUCUAUGCCAAUGGCCGCGCCGAGGAGAUCAUGGGCCAGGCCAUCAAGGAACUCGGCUGGAAGCGAUCCGACAUCGUCGUCUCCACCAAGAUCUUCUGGGGAGGCCCCGGCCCUAACGACAAGGGCUUAUCGCGGAAGCAUAUCAUCGAAGGGACCAAGAGCUCCUUGAAGAGGCUCGAUAUGCCCUAUGUCGAUGUGAUCUAUUGCCAUCGCCCCGACACCGGCACGCCCAUCGAGGAGACGGUUAGGGCAAUGAACUAUGUCAUCGACAACGGGUGGGCUUAUUACUGGGGAACUAGCGAGUGGUCUGCUCAGCAGAUUACGGAGGCCUGGAGUGUCGCUCAGAGACUGGAUCUCGUUGGCCCCAUCGUCGAGCAGCCUGAAUACAAUCUCUUCUCCAGGCACAAGGUUGAGUCUGAGUAUCUUCCUCUGUAUACUAACUACGGCAUCGGCCUCACUACCUGGAGUCCCCUUGCCUCUGGAGUUUUGACUGGGAAGUAUAACUCUGGAAACAUUCCAACUGACAGUAGGUUUGCAUUGGAAAAUUAUAAGAAUCUUGCGAGCCGAUCCUUGGUGGAUGAUGUGCUGAAGAAAGUGAAUGGAUUAAAACCAAUUGCAGAAGAACUUGGAGUGCCUUUAUCUCAGCUUGCAAUUGCUUGGUGCGCUUCGAAUCCUAAUGUCUCAUCUGUCAUCACAGGUGCCACAAAGGAGUCGCAGAUUCAGGAGAACAUGAAGGCCAUCAAUGUUAUUCCUCUGCUUACACCUGCAGUGAUGGAGAAGAUCGAGGCUGCAGUUCAAAGCAAACCCAAGCGCCCGGAUUCAUACCGUUAAACAUGACAUGGUGUUUUUUGCCUAUCAUUCAUGGCGAUGUCUUUUCGGCUGUCUGCUCGUCCUAUGAUUUAUUCUAUGCAAACACUGGUGUUUGAUGUUAUGGAGUAUUUUGGAUGAAUUGAAUAUUAUUUAAAAUAAUCAGUGAGAUCUGAUAUGGCAUUUUCAGAUUUGAUUCUCAAAA